AUGAAUGGAUUUGCAAGACAAGGUGUCAUUCGUGAUGACAACGGUAAUUUGAUAAUCCCCCCAACCCAACGACCCGAUGGUACAUGGAGAAAAGCCGUUCGUGUUAAAGAGGGGUACAUUCCUCAAGAAGAAAUUCCACUUUACCGAUCUGCUGGUGUACAAAUCCUUGAGAAGAAAUCACAGUUCGUCAUCCCAGGUUUGACAAAAGACGAUGCGGAAAAGCUAAAGCUAGAACGACAAAAACAGUCACAAUCUGAUACACCAGCAUUAAACCCAGUCCUUAAAAAGAAAAAAUCUAAGAAAUCAAAAUGCAAACAAACUGAUGUCCAAUCUCCAGGAACAUCAGAGCAAACAGAACUGGAUUCAACAAAACUUACAAAAUGCAGUACUACUUCACCAAAUUACUCUGAUAAAAUGAACAUUGAAAUUCCAACUGAUGCAACCGUGACUAACACUGAAAAUAUUGAUCGACAGCUUAAACGUGAACAUAAACGAUUACUCCAAAUAGAAGAGAUAGAGAAAAAGAAACAAGCUGGAGAGAAUUUAAACAAAGACCAAUUGAUAAAGUUAGGCCACAAACAAGCUGUUGAACAGCUCAUUGAACAGCUGACGUUACUUAAAACUAACUGA